ACGCGAUCGCAAAUAACCGAGAACGCGAACGUGUUCGAAAAUUGAUCGAACGCGAAUGGAGGAAAAGGAGGACGAGGUGGAGGGGGACUCUGAGGAAGAAGAAGACGAGGAAAGGGGGGAGGGCGAGGAGAAGGACUUCGAUAUGGCGGAGGAGGAAGAAGAAGAAAAGGUUGAGGAGGAGGAGGAGGAGGAGGAGGAGGAAGUGGAGGUGGAGGAGGUCGAUGAGGUGGAGGAGGAGGAAGAGGACGAGGAGGAGGAGAAGGUGGAGGAGGAAGAGGAGGAGGAGGAGGAGGAGGAGAGUGGGGGAUGAGGAAAAAGGAGAACUUCAAGAUGGAGAAGGAAAAAGAAGGAAAGRAAAAAACAAAAGCGCGCGUGCUGA